AUGCGAGCAGAGAGCAGAGUGCGCAAUAUGGUAUCUUUAUCAGAAAUCACACCGUAUUUUAGCAUUUACGGUUUCUUUUUCACACUUAUCUUUGGCACAGUUGGGGGAAUCUUUAAUCUUCUCACGUUUUCAUCACAAGAUUUUCGAACAAAGUCCUGCGUAUUCUAUUUGAUUUGCUCCUCAUUAGCUGACCUGCUUUUCAUUAAUGUUGGCAUUAUACUUCGUUUUUCAACGGAAUACUUUGGAAAUACUCUGGUCAGUACCAGUGAUGGCAUUUGUAAAGCACGUGCCUACUUGUUGGUAUGUUUACCAACGAUGGCAGCAUGGUGCGUUGUAUUGGCAACAUUCGAUCGAUUUGCUUCGGCAUCGUCAAAUGGGAGAUUGCGACAACUCAAUUCAAUUUCUUUCGCUCGACGUUCAGUUAGCAUAGCGAUGAUCUGCAUUAUAACUUCCUGUAGUUUUCAUCCGUUUAUAUUUAAGAUUCGCAAUAGUGUAUGCGCAGCGUCGUCAGGUUUUCCGACGAUAGCAACAGCUCUGUAUGCUAUCAUCUUCUCUUGUAUUAUGCCUUGUACCGCUGUGAUCACCCUUGGCUCUAUGACAUGGUCGAACGUGAGAAAAUCUCAGCAACGAGUAACACCGAUGGAGAAUUCUCACGGUCAAUCAACUGGUCUGCGACGUUUAAAUCGACAACUGUUUAUUCUGGUAUUUGUACAUGCUGUUGUAAUAUCUGUGCUCACGAUACAACGGAAUGUCACUUAUACAUAUAACGUACUUACAAGUUCUAUACAAAAAAGUGUUGAACGGCAAACAGUAGAAUAUUUCAUCAUACAAGUGAGCACUAUACUCUAUUACACGAAUUUUGGUCUGUCUUUUUAUGUGUACUAUGGUUCGAGUUCAAUGUUCCGACAAGUAUAUUGGAAGUCCGUGAAACAAUUGCUGCAUAAAUGUUGUUCGUGUUGUAAACGCAAUUAA